AUCUUCUAGUCGCUGCAACUCAAGCUUCACUUCUCUAAGCUAAAAAGCUAUAGCUUGUCUCCAAUGGCGGACUACGAAACCCACCACCACCACUCCUCAAUCCCAAAGGAGACAGCCCUGCAAGCCCUCAACACCAUCAUCCAACUCCACUUCGAGAAGACCCUCGAGAAGAAGCGAUCCAUCGACCUCCAAAAGAAGGAGCUCCAGAAGCUCUUCCAGCUCUUCUUCCUCUUCCUCGCCCUCGUCUUCCUCGCCCAGUCCUCCUCCUCCCGCCUCCAAUGUCGCCACUGCUGGGUUCCCAUCGUCCUCCUCUCCCUGUCCCACCUCAUCUUCUACGUCUCCGUCGCUCAGACGCUUAGAUGCAUCAAUGGCUUCAAGUACCAGAGGAGAUGCCACAAGCUGACGCUGGGGUUGGCGACUGAGAAGCUGAGGGAGAUGAAGAUGAGGCUGGGGGCUAAUGGUGGAGGAGGGCAUGAGUUUGAUGGGAUUGGGGAUAAUGAGUUCGAGAUUCAUUAUCAGGAGCCGCCUGAGAGUUAUUUUGGCAAGUUUAAGAGGAACUGGGCUCUGCAUUUUGGGUUCUUGAUUGUUAUCUAUGGGUUCAUGGUGGCUUCCUCUGUUGUUCUGCUUUGCUUUUAG